AUGCUCCUUUCGGUUCAACGUCAUUUUUAUGUUCUCAGGAGUACUACUGGUUUUUGGCAAGGUUUAUUAUACAUUCAAAAAAAGCAAUGAAUUUCGAAUUUCACUUUGUGUUCAUUAUUCAUUAAAUGUUACCAUUAAAAAAAGUUUCCUCAUUAUUUUGGAAGGCAGACAUCCCCUUUUUUUCAAUAUUUGCAAGUCUUCAGAAGGAAUUUCCUAUACCGGCCACGACGACUUUGGUCAAUUGCAGGUAUUCAUUAGUGAAAUCUUUGCUAUUUAUAAUUUCCUUAAGAUCUCAAACUACACUCGCAUUAAAGAAUGGUUAAAUUGGAGCGAUUGGUCACAAUAUCAUCGACCAUCGCAAUAUCAUCGACCAUCAGGUACACAGCUCUUUUGAAAAAUGUAUUCAUGACGGAAAUUCAUCUCGAGUAGUAAUAGCAAACAUCUAGUUUUAGUGAUGUUUACUUAUUCAGAGUUUCAGGCCUCAACUAAUUGAAUAUCAUUGAAGCCGGACAUUUUUGAGACUUUAAACGGUGAUUUUUUUGCAAUCAAAGUAGAAAAAAAUCACGUUUUAUCAUUUAAAAAAUUAUAUUAUAUACGCUUUAUAUACGGUGUAUGUUCGCCUCGAACAAAAAUUGCUUUCAAGAAUACGAAUUUCACAUUGAAGUUAAACAUUCAAAAAAAAAGCAGUGAAUUUCGAAUUUCACUGGUGAAUCGAGAGGUAGAUACAAGUAGGUACCGGGUAGCAACUCAAGUGAAUCGGCGAAUCGUGAUCGAUGGUCAUUUGUAUGCGACCGGGUACUAUCUCUAUGGUACCUGGAUAGUACCUGAUCGGUAUCUGGAUGCUACCGGGUAUGUACCUGAAAUUCGCGAUUGCCACUGGCUGGCACAUCGGUCGUUUAUAUACCAUCAGUGUUUUUUUACACCUACCCAAGCCUUCCAGGGUCUUAUUUGAUAAAGCUGACACAAAAAAUAACGACCCGGGAACCAAUUCCAGACUUUCCGAAAGAAAUCGCGAAUGUCAGGUAGCUACCCGGUAGCUACUUGCAUCCAUAAAGAUGGUACCCGGUCGCAUACAAACGACCACCGAUUACCAUACGCCGAUUGACUUUUUCAAAAGUUGCUACCCGGUAGCUAUUUGUAUCGACUUCCCGAUUCAUCUUUGUUCACUUUGUGUUCUCUAUUAAUUUCUUGUUACCAUAGUGAAGGUUUUUCCGAUUAUUUUUCCUUGAGGUCUUUUUUUAUUUUAAUAUUUAAUAAUAGAUUAAUUUUUGAACGGAUCAGUUAUAGUUUGUUCAGAUUUUUGAAUGUCAACCAGCUAACUCCGCCCCUGCUGAAACGGUACCUUUUCGCGUCGAUGUUUUAUCGCGCGGGACUAAUUUUGAAUCGUGGAUUUCGCAAUUUUUUCAAUAAUUUUUUUAAUUUUUCAGUGGUUAUGAUGUCCAUUUGAAUUUUUUUAUGUGAUGUACGGUUAUAUUUGUUCUUUUCUUUAGGCGAAAUGCUCCAGAUUUAUGGUCAUGAACUCGCUGACUAUGGAGAGAAUAAAUUUCCGUCGCCACCAAGUUGGAAAUUCAAAAAUCCUUGUUUUAAAGCUUCGAAAACAACGAGUUUACAAGAUUUCAGAAGAUUCCAAUUUUUGCGCUUUCUUUUUCUUCCAAUGGCGUUUUUUUGUCAUCGCAGUUUUGGCCCCGGGCGCCCUGGGCAGCGACUCAUCAAGAAAUGGCCAUGGCGACCUACGUCGGUUUAGAAAUGUAAACGUUUGAAAACGCUUAGGGGCGCCAUUUCUCCACCUCUGGAGCGUUCAUCCGUCGGGCGGAUGAACGCUCGAAAAAGUUUUGCAGUGAGCUUUAUUCGUAUAUUCCAUCCUUAAAAAAUUUACAAGGUGCGAUAAUUUUUGAAGUGGUGUCCAUACGCAUCGCGAACGCACAAAAAUACAAAUGCCACAUACGUUUCCUCAAAAAGAUGGAUCUUCUGUACAAUUUCAAGGAGACAAAGCCUUCUCAGAUUUCGAACGUAGCGACUGAAAUUGAAAUCUGAAUAGACUAUAUUUUGAUUAGCAUUAAGGAACUAUUCAAAAUAUAAUCGAAAACUCAUGGUUCACUGAAUAUAUUACCCCUAUAUUUUGAAGCGACCCGGUCGUCGUGGUACCUGCGAGCCGGCGUUGCCUUCCGACACCCGUCUGAAGUCAACCUCCGACUUCGAGGUCGACUACCAGCUCAUCUCGAGAUCGGUCCGCGACUGCGUUUCUCUCAACGUCGUCGCCACCGUCUGCGGAUUUAUGGUCCAAUGCAUCUAG